AUGACAUCUCCAUUCAUCGGCAACCGAGCUCGCAAGGCGAGCGAUCUUCGCAGACCACCUCCGCGGACCUCUCCUCCCUCCAGCCUGUCUCCGCCUCCGAACCGCCUCUCGCCAGGAAGCAGCAUUCGUGGUAGCCACUCGCCGGUACGCAGCCGGAGUCCUCGUCCUCUGGAUCUUCGUAUUCUCAUUGCACCAUCCGGUUUCAAAGAAGCGCUUGGGCCAGAGGAUGUAGCUGCGGCAAUCGAAGAUGGCAUUCGCCGGGUGAUUGUUGAGGACACUGCCACCGUCAUCAAACUUCCGCUCCACGACGGUGGUGAGGGCUUCUGCAAGGCUCUUAUCGCUGCCCAGGGUGGGGAAAUCAUUGAGACCAUCGUCAUGGGACCCAUUGGGGAAGCUGUUCAAAGCCACUUUGGUCUUACCGGUGAAAACAAGGAAAUCGCGGUCUUGGACAUGGCGGCUGCUGCUGGCCUCCGGCUUGUUCCGAAGACACACCGUGACCCGACGCGGACAACAACUUAUGGUGUGGGAGAAUUGAUGAGAACUGCUCUUAAUACAGGUGCCUCGAAGAUUAUCAUCGGUUGUGGUGACUCUGGCACCUCGGAUGGUGGAGCGGGUAUGCUGCAGGCCCUGGGUGUAAAACUUCUUGAUGCAGAUGGAAACGAGCUGCCGCCUGCCAGUGGCGGAGCUUUGCUGCCACAGCUGACUAGUAUCUCCAUCAAAGACAUUCACCCUCGUCUUCGACCAGGAGCAGCGGAUUGCGCCAAAAUCGAAGCCGUCUGCAACAUCAAGAACAUCCUCUGCGGCCCUGACGGCGUGGCUAGAGUCUAUGGUCCCCAGAAAGGUGCAACGCAAACCCAGGUCGAGGUAUUAUCUGACGCCCUGGACAGAUUUGCAGCCGCCCUACAACCUAUUCUCGCUACCGAUAUCUCCCACGUCCCAGGCAGUGGCGCCUCUGGUGGGCUAGGAGCAGGCUUGAUGCUGCUAGGCGCUGAGCUUCGCGCCCGAUCUGAAGCCAUCAAUGAUUACUUCCACAUCGACGAUAUCCUCGAACAGCGCUGGGACUUCGUCUUUACUGCUGAAGGGAGCUUAGACUCGCAGUCUGCCAAAGGUAAAAUGACUGUUGAAGUUGCACGCCGAGCUCGCGACUAUGGCGCUCAGGUCAUCGCGUUGGCUGGGACCAUCGGGGACGGGGCUGACACGGUGUACGAAGAGGGCAUUGAGGCAUUCACGAGUAUUUUGAACGCGCCGCUGUCACUGGAACAGGCGAUCAGUGACACCGAGAAGUUGCUCAAAGAUUCGAGCGAGAGAACAAUGAGGAUGAUUCAGACAGGGAUGUCUAUCAGGCAGUUGGACGGUGAAUGGGAAACUCUAAAUGAGAGUCGGAGGGAGUCGAACCUGGCUGGUUUGGGAAUCGUCAGAGCGUUUACGAGUUGA